UGCUCCAAUUGCGGAACAACCACAACACCUCUCUGGCGUAGAGCACCUAAUGGAGAGACCAUUUGUAAUGCUUGUGGAUUGUAUUUGAAAGCAAGAAAUACCUUACGCCCUGUGUCACUCAAAAGGCUUUAUGCCAAGAAGAGCGAGCCUACAAAUGAUUCAUUAGUUUGUGCUAACUGUCAAACAACAACUACUCCACUGUGGCGAAGAGAUGAAGCAAACAACACCAUUUGUAAUGCCUGCGGUCUAUAUUACAAGUUACACAAUGUACAUAGACCGGUCACCAUGAAAAGGAGUACUAUCAAGCGACGGAAACGAGUG